AGCUAACUCGCCUACUCGCCUUCUCCCAACUCGAGACCAGACUUAGGCAUAGCGUACCGACGCUUUUGCAGCACAAACAGGCUCAUGGCUCUCUAUCGGCUUGCCCAGGCCGCCGCCAAACGCUGGCCCACCGCUGUCGCACUCAGUAGCCAGACCGAGGCCCUCACGCUGGAUUUUGGCACACUGGAGCGCCGGGCGGCCGCGACGGCAGCCGUGCUGCAAAGCAAGGGCCUCGAGGCGGGCCAAGUCCUCGUCUCGGAUUUGCAAAACACGUCGCAGAACUUGGUUGUGCAGCUCGCGUGCUCGUCGCUCGGCGUCGCAUGCCUGUCCCGGCGUCCUGCGAGGGGCCGUCAAAAUGACGCGCGUACGCCAUCGACGCGAUACAUUGCCCACCCCGAAUCCCACGCAGAUGGCACGGCCAAGAACGACGCCGCGCUCGCCAAGCUGACGAGCACGCUGGACGUCGGCGGCAUCCUCUGCACCGACGCGCCGAACGACGGCCACGUGGCCCACGGCGUGUCGCUGAUCCUACCCGCGGCGGACCUGCACCAGGAGUCGAUGGGACGGGAGGGCGAGACUGUCUCUGGCGGCGCGCACGACAACCACGCGUUCUACAACUCGACGAGCCCUUUGACCAAUGAUACGAUCGACGAAUUGGCCGAGGACGCCGUGCGCCAUCUGGAGCUCACGCCGUCGGACACGGCGUGCGUGUCCAUCACGCUCUCGCACGCCUUCGGGAUUGGCUCGGCCGCGGCCGCGUGCCUAGCGAGCGGCGCGUCCAUUUCCCUGCCGAAUGUUGAUGGUUUGCACGGCUGCGGCGUGCCUUCCGAUAGAGCCGCGGCGACGUUGCUGGCCCUCGAGGACGGCGCCACGGUCUUAUACGCGGACACGCACACGCUCAAAGCUUUACCAGAGGAAGUCAACCUCCCGCAGCUACGCACCGGCGUCUGCAAGGUCAGCAGCGGCGCCGACUUCCUCGAGCGGUCCUCGAGCCUCGGCGCGACGGCGCUGUGGACGCUCGGCAAGCGGCAGGAGGACGAGCCUAUGUCUCGAACCGAUGCCUUGGACAAAGGUGCCGCGCGCAAGGCCUCACAUGAUGCGGGCGCCCGGUUAUCAGGUGUGGUGAAAUGGUUCGACCGCCCGAAGGGCUACGGCUUCAUCAGUCCCGCGACGGGUGGGAAGGACAUCUUCGUGCAUCAGACGCAGGUCCACGCGCCGGGCUUCCGGUCUCUCGCGCCGGGCGAGGAGGUCGAGUAUGUGGUAGGCGAGCUCAACGGGCGGACGCACGCGGUGGAGGUGACGGGUCCGGGUGGGGCUUUCGUCAAGGGGACGCCCAGACCGAAGGAGGAGGAGGUCUACUAA